UCAUUUUCGUCUUCCGCUCAUCGAAUCCGCUCAUCGCACUGUCUCCUACCUCGGCGACCUUAUGGCCUCCUUCAGUUCAAAGAUGUCCGUACUCUCUCUCUCUCUUUCAGCUCAAUGCAGAGAAGAGCCCUUUUCAGCGGACUUAUGCAACUCAGGAACUAUCCUCUGUUAAUGGCUACAUGGAAGGUUGCCCCUGCUCUGGCAGCUGGUUGUGCUGCAAUAUUGAAGCCUUUCGAAUUGGCAUCUGUGACAUGUUUGGAGUUGGCUGACAUAUGCAAAGAAGUGGGCCUUCCUUCGUGUAUACUAAAUAUUCUCUUUAUGUAUAAUAGAUUAGAAAUAAAUCUAGUAACUGAAGAACAAUGAAUAUACGAGAAGCUUGUAC